UCACACGCAUUUUAUUUUCAUGUUGUGCUUAAAAUGGAAAUACUCAGUUCCACAGUGGCAGGUGGACCCAAAUAUUACUACAAAUACAGACUCACAAUAAGACUCCUGAAGUGUUCGUCAGCUGGAAUCAGCUCUGAGAAAUGUGGAUUUUCUGCCUGAAAGCUGAAAGCUGAAAGCUGUCAGAGUCGUGUGAAGGUCCCAUCCAGAAUCUGGUCUCAUCUGGAUCACAGCAGCGCUUGUUCCUGUCCCUUCACAAGAGGCAGGACGAGGCGUGUGAACACGUGAACGCACACAUUUACUGUGUUCACAAGGUGAAGUCUCACUUUCAUUUCUUCUUUUGCUGACGCGUGGCAGGCCGACGCUUCAGCAGCUCUCUGGACAUUUCGGCCGGCUGUGGAGAUGUGGUGCUCGGUGCUGCCCCCGCUGCUCGUCAUGAGUUCUGCAGUCCUGUUCCUGCUGCAGCUUCCUGACUACACCGACGCACAGGAAGUACUCUGGGAGGACCACAAAUAUGGACGCCAGGGCUCGGAAGAAAAGCCGUUCUGCUCCUGGAAAUGCCUCCUGUUCACUCUGCAGUGGCCCGGAGGGUUCUGUCAGUCUUUGGACAGACAGUCUCUGUGUCAGAUCCCUCAGAGUGUGGACACCUGGACGAUCCACGGUCUGUGGCCUCAGCGGGCGUUCAACUGCUGCAGCUGCUGGCCGAUGUUCCACUCGGACAUCCAGGAGCUGGAAGCAGAGCUGACUGAACACUGGCCGUCCUUCCUGAAAAUAAAAUCCAGCUUCCACUUCUGGAGGCAGGAGUGGGAGAAACACGGAGUGUGUGCAGCGUGUGUGGAAGGAAUGAACUCUCCUCUCAGAUACUUCCAGAUCUGCCUCAAACUGUGGGGACGGUUUGACAUCCACGAGCUGCUGCAGGCCGCUGGCAUCACUCCGUCCUGUGAGCGGCUCUACAAGGUUGCCGAGGUUCACCGGGUCCUGGCUCCACAUGUGGGCGACAGACACGAGAUCCAGUGUGUCACAGACGACAAGGACAGAGAGGUGUGGUUUCAGGUGAAGGUCCCUCUGUCUCGUAACCUGACAGUCGGCUGCAACCACCGCGGUGACGCUGACGGGGAGCCGGCAUCCGCACCUGGAGCCGGAGGGACCUCACCUGGACAUCCGUGCCCUCCUCAGGUCCCCUUCUACUACUUCCCCAUAGACCACGAGCAGCCACGGCGGCCCUGCGGCUAACGGACAGCAGCUCGCGAGGUCCUGCUUGACCCGACUGUUAUCACCACCUGUUAUGCGUUAUUGUUAUUACUGUUAUUAUUAUUACUGUUAUUAUCAAAAGCAUUAUUGUUAAUGCUGUCAUCGUCAUUCCAAUACUGUCUGUCUCUCUGCCUGUCUCUCUCCCAGUCUCUCUCUCUCUCUCUGCCUGUCUCUCUGCCUGUCUCCCUCUCUCUCUGUCUGUCUCUCUCCC